GCCCCCUACUGAAGUGACAAACUCGAGAGGGUGAGGGACAGGACUUAGAGCUAACCUGCUGGAUUCCUGCUGCUCAGAAGUGUCCACCUGUUUCCGGGUGCUCGGGCAUCCCUGCAGCCACCGGCACCUUUCCAGAAGUCCGAACUAGGUCGACUGCCAGUGCCCUUGCCUCCUGUCGGGAAGCCGGCAUCCUGCCGCACCAUGCCCCAGUUGGGACUCCUGCACAGAAGGGCCUGGGCUGUGCUGGUUGCCCAGCUCCUGCGGCCGCCCUGCGAAGUGCGCCUCGGGGCUGUCCGUUCCCAUAGCCAGCAGGUUGCAGAGGUGUUAACAUCCCAACUGAAACCACAACUGGAGAGAUCAAAUUGUAUUAUCAAGACCCCAAAGGGCACCAGAGAUUUGAGUCCUCAUGAUAUGGUUGUAAGGGAGAAAAUUCUAGAUAGGAUUGUCAGCUGCUUUAAACGUCAUGGAGCAAAAAUGUUGGAUACUCCAGCUUUUGAGCUAAAGGGAAUGCUCACUGAGAAGUAUGGAGAGGACUCUAAACUCAUAUUUGAUCUGAAAGAUCAAGGUGGAGAGCUGUUGUCCUUACGCUAUGACCUUACUGUUCCUUUUGCUCGUUAUCUGGCCAUGAAUAAAGUGAAGAAGAUGAAAUGCUACCAUGUUGGAAAGGUGUGGCGACGAGAGAGUCCAAGCAUAGCCCAAGGUCGCUACAGGGAGUUCUGUCAGUGUGAUUUUGACAUUGCUGGUCAGUAUGACCCAAUGAUCCCUGAUGCAGAAUGUUUGAAAAUUAUAUGUGAAAUCAUAAGUGAGCUGCAGCUGGGAGACUUUCUCAUUAAGGUCAAUGACCGGCAGAUUUUGGAUGGGAUGCUUGCCAUCUGUGGUGUUCCUGAAAGCAAGUUCCGUACUAUCUGCUCCUCAGUAGACAAACUAGACAAGAUAUCUUGGAAAGAUGUGAGAUAUGAGAUGGUGGCAGAGAAAGGCCUGGCUCCUGAAGUGGCUGAUCGAAUUGGGGACUAUGCUCAGUGUCAUGGUGGAUUGUCUCUGGUAGAACAAAUGUGCCAGGAUCCCAGACUGUCUCAAAGCAAGCAGGCACUGAAGGGCUUAGAGGAUCUGAAGCUAUUGUUUAAAUAUCUGACUUUACUUGGAAUUGCUGAAAAGAUCUCCUUUGACCUAAGCCUGGCUAGGGGCCUGGACUACUAUACAGGAGUGAUCUACGAAGCAGUGCUACUACAGACUCCAUCUGAGGAGGAGCUCCUGAAUGUGGGCAGUGUGGCUGCUGGUGGCCGAUACGAUGGGUUGGUAGGAUUAUUUGGCCACAUGGUACCUUGCGUGGGUCUCAGCAUUGGUGUAGACCGAAUCUUUGCCAUGGUGGAACAGAAGAUGAAGACUUUUGGUGAGAGGAUGCGGACAACAGAGACCCAAGUGUUUGUGGCCACACCACAGAAGAACUUUCUCCAUGAGAGAUUGAAGUUAAUUGCAGAACUUUGGGAUGCUGGGAUCAAGGCAGAGCUGCUAUAUAAGAACAAUCCUAAAUUACUAACUCAGCUGCACUACUGUGAGAACAUGAUGAUUCCUCUGGUGGUCAUUAUUGGUGAGCAGGAACUGAAGAAAGGGGUUAUCAAGCUCCGUUCAGUGGUCAGCAGGAAGGAGGUGGACAUUAAACGGGAAAAUCUCGUGGCUGAAAUUCAGAAACGACUGUCUGAGUCUUAAUCUUUGCUCUUUGUGGAAUAAAAGAAAGGAAAAAAAUAUCACCUAGGACUGAGUUCUCGAUGAGCUUCACAGCUGCUGGCCAGGAUCGGUGACAAGUACCUUCUGCCUCCCCUUUCUUUCUUGGGUAGAAAUCUGUAGAAGACCCUGAGGAUUCCUGGGCCAGCAUGAGCAGCUGUUCUUCUUGAUUUAUUUAUUUUUCUAUGAGAAAAAGAGGGAGAGAGAACCAGAGUAUCUGGCACAUGCAGCGCAGAGUAUCAAACCCAGGACCUCAUGAUCAAAGGGUUCAGCACUUUACCCACUGCAUCACUCCCCGAGCCACCCGAGUAGCUGUUCUGUGUAGGUCCAGAUGACUGGUAUCUGAAAGAGACAAGCUGUAAUUGUAGAUGAAGGGCAGAUUUAAAAUGCCAUUGAAUGCCCCCCAAGAAGUGCUGUGAACAAGAUUUUUCAGAGAAUUCUGAAGCAUAGAUAUCAAAAGCCAGGGAUUUAUUAGCCUUCCACUCUAUCUUCUCAGUCAGACUUCUGGGAAACUUUAUCCACAACUUGCCUUUGUUCUGUCCAGGGAGUUUUGAGACCAGCAAGGAGGGGCAAUGGCAUGUUUCUACCUUGAGGAUAGAGAUGUUAUCCCAUGAACACAUUAAUGGUAUUAUUAAUGACCAUCUCUCCACCAGAUCCACUAUUAACAAUAGCAGAGUGGGACUGUCUGUUGAAUAAUCAUGAAUGUUGAACUUCACAAAGAAGCCUGACAAGAUAAAGAUCUGAUUUUUUGUUUGUUUUUGAGAUUUUGAUCACCAUUUCCUAUGACAGUGUUCUAGAAGUAGUUGCAUAUUGUGUUAAAUAAAAUAUUAAAUGUA